AUCACAGCAACAAGACAACCAAAAUAAAGUGAGCACAACAAACCCGUAGCGCAUGAUGGCGGCGUCGCUGCUGCGCCGGGACAAGAAAUCCACCGCCGCCCAUCUGAAGGCAGACCUCAAGCGGACUGACAACAGUUCAGGCUUGCGGCAGCUGCAGGAGCUGCUGGAUAGCGUACUGAACCCGGAGCGGGGCUCGGACCCGGAGGCGCUGGACUGGUGUAAAUGGCUGCUGGCCGGAGGGGACGGUUUCGACGAGUUCUGCCGGACCGUCCGAUCCUACGAUAACGCCACUCUCUGUGGGCUAGUGUGGACUGCCAACUUCGUGGCCUACCGUUGCCGGACUUGCGGCAUUUCCCCGUGCAUGUCGUUAUGCGCGGAGUGCUUCAAUAACGGCGACCACACGGGCCAUGAUUUUAACAUGUUCCGGAGUCAGGCCGGCGGGGCCUGUGACUGCGGGGACGGGAACGUGAUGAGAGAGAGCGGGUUUUGUAAUAGACAUCGAUUAAAAACAGGAGAGAAUGUUCCAUCAGUCCCUCGAGAUCUGCUGCUCAUGUCUGAGAUGGUGCUGCCGCGGUUUAUCAUCACUAUCAUUCAAUAUCUGAGAGACGGCUACACUGAACCAGAGUCGGCCGCUGACAGAGAUCUCCAGAAGGUUCUGCAGCAGUUGGAUCCACAAAUCUCCUUCUUAGAAGAGCUCACCAAGAUGGGCGGAGCCAUGCGCACCGUUCUCACCAAGAUCUUAACAGAUCAGCAGACCUUUAAAGAGCUCAGCAUGGGUCAAGAGGAGAAUGUUUAUGCAAAGAAGAACUAUGAGAAGUAUUUAUUAGCAUUGAAGAGCUCGGGUCUGGUGUCAGUGGAGGAGAAAGGAGCCGCUGGAGACGGGACAUCAGACACUGCAGCAGGGGCAGGAGCACUCAGUCUACUGGGAGCUGCUGCUACUGGCAGUCUGGAGGACUCCAGCAAAGAGGAGGAUCAGGACGGGCUGCAGGGUGUGGGACAGAGGAAAAGAGUGAAGCUCAGUAGCAGUACCAAAGAUCCAUCCAUAAUGGACACGCUGAAACAUAAAUGCUUUUUAGAAGAGUUAUUGUUUUGGACUAUUAAGUAUGAAUUUCCACAGAAGAUGGUGACGUUUUUGCUCAACAUGUUGCCAGAUCAGGAUUACAAGAUCACCUUCACUAAAACAUUCGUACAACACUAUGCCUUCAUCAUGAAGACCCUCAUGAAGAGUCACGAGUCAGACACCAUGUCCAACCGCAUCGUGCACAUCAGCGUGCAGCUCUUCAGCAACGAGGAGCUGGCCAGACACGUCACAGAGGAGUGCCAGUUACUGGACAUCAUGGUCACCGUUCUCCUCUACAUGAUGGAGAGCUGCCUUAUCAAGAGCGAACUGCAAGAUGAGGAGAAUAAUCGUCAUGUGGUGGUGAACUGUGGCGAAGCUCUGCUGAAGAAUAACACCUACUGGCCUUUAGUUAGUGAUUUUAUUAAUAUCCUAUCACACCAAAGUGUGGCCAAGCGCUUCCUGGAGGAUCAUUCUCUGCUGCUGCUCUGGAUGAGUUUCGUCUCCUUCUUUCAAGGAAUGAAUCUGAAUAAGCGAGAGCUGAAUGAGCAUGUGGAGUUUGAGUCUCAGACAUAUUACGCAGCGUUUGCUGCUGAACUGGAGGCCUGCGCUCAGCCCAUGUGGGGUCUCCUGACACACUGCAAAGUUAAAGAGACCCAAGACUACACUAAGACAGUGGUGCGAUAUUGUCUGGAAACUCUUCAGAUGUGGUUUGACGCCAUUGGGUUUGUAGAUGAGCCUUCCCUCAAUCAGCUGACCUUUCAUUUACCUCUUCACCGAUACUACGCCAUGUUUCUCAGCAAGGGAGUGAAGUGUCAGGGUCUGGAUUUAGACAGUUUGCUUCCUGAUCAGGAGAUGCUGAUGAAGAUCAUGGUUCACCCUCUACAGAUACAGGCUAGCCUGUCUGAGAUCCAUAGUAACAUGUGGGUGAGAAAUGGGUUGCAGAUUAAAGGUCAGGCCAUGACCUAUGUCCAGUCUCACUUCUGCAACUCCAUGAUUGAUCCGGACAUCUACCUCCUGCAGGUGUGUGCGUCUAGACUGGAUCCAGAUUACUUCAUUUCCUCAGUCUUCGAGAGGUUUAAGGUGGUGGAUCUGCUGACAAUGGCGUCUCAACACCAGAACGCAGUGCUGGACUCGGAACAGGAGAGACCCAUGCUGGAGGGGGCACUCACCUUCCUGGUCAUACUGUGCAGUCUCAGGAUACACUUGGGAAUGUCCGACGAUGAGAUUUUAAGAGCUGAGAUGGUGUCACAGUUGUGUAUGAAUGAUCGUACUCACAGUUCUCUGCUGGAUCUUAUCCCUGAGAACCCGAACCCUAAGAGCGGUGCGGUGCCGGGCAGCUGUAGUUUUGAGGAGAUGCUGUCUGCUGUAGCUGAUUUUAAAGCCCCAGUUUUUGAGCCCGGAGGAUCCAUGCAGCAGGGCAUGUACACACCUAAAGCGGAGGUUUGGGAAAAAGAGUUUGACCCUAUAAUGGUGAUUCUACGCACCGUUUACCGCAGAGACGUGCAGUCGGCCAUGGAUCGAUACUCAGCAUUUUUGAAACAGUCAGGCGUUCACACUGGGAACCCUUGGCCACCCUAUAAGGAGAGGACCCCUUUGCAUCCCUGCUAUAAAGGACUGGUGCGCCUGCUGCACUGCAAAACCUUACAUAUAGUCAUCUUUACACUGCUUUAUAAGAUAUGGAUGGACCAUCAGAACAUGUCUGAGCAUGUGUUGUGUAUGGUGCUGUACCUGAUAGAGCUUGGACUUGAUAAUCAGGUCCAGGAUGACAAAGUGGAAGAGGAGCCCUGUAUCGAGGAGCACUGCCACGACAGCUGGUUUCCAGGCACCAGCCUGCUGUCUAACCUCCAUCACGUCAUCAACUUUGUGCGGGUUCGAGUGCCGGAGACGGCUCCGGAGGUGGAGAGAAAGCGAGAGAGGGAACGAGAGAGAGAAACUCCACCCAGCACCAGUUCAGAAAGCGCCACCUUUGGGCAGAAUCUGCGUGAAGCCCAGGUGUUCAGUCUGGUGGCGGAGCGCAGGAGGAAGUUCCAGGAGAUCAUCAACCGCAGCAACCAUGAGGCCAGUCAAGCCGUGCGUCCCAAGUCCUCAGCGUCCCGCUGGCUUCCACCGGGCACACCUCCGCAGCUGGUGACUGAGAUCCUGGAGAUCCGCGAGAGCAUGCUGUCACUGCUGGUCAAACUGCACCAGAAACUGUCAGCCAAGCAGAACUCUCUGUCUCUAAGCUGGUUGGCCGAGGUGGAUCCGGCCCAUCAUGCGCACGGAGACGGUUUAACAGCCAUCGAAAGAAUCUUAGCCAAAGCUUCAGCUCGAAGCCGACACAGUAAAAGAUGCCUGCAGGAGAUCUGCGGGAAAGUGUGUCCACCCAUACCGCCCAAGAAGAUCAGUCCUGGAGAUAAGAAGAGCAUGGACAAGGAGGAGAGGCGUCAGAGAGCCAGAGAGAGGCAGCAGAAGCUGCUGGCGGAGUUUGCCUCCAGGCAGAAGAGCUUCAUGGAGACUGCCAUGGAUGUUGAGUCACCUGAAGCAGAUGCCGUAAUGGACGUCAGCUCUGAGGAAUCUUUAGACUCUGAGGUUCUCUAUGACUGUGUGAUCUGUGGUCAGAGUGGACCGUCCACUGAAGACAGACCCACAGGACUGGUGGUUCUGCUGCAGGCUUCAUCAGUGUUGGGCCACCGCUGUCGUAGUGACAUGCCAAAGCGAUUGCCCACCACAGAUGAAGAACACAUCUACCCUGAGGACACAUGUGGAGCCACACAUGAUGUCAGGCUGUCUCUUAUGCAACGCUAUUUUAAAGAUAGUUCCUGUCUGCAGUCUGUGUCUAUUGGCUGGGACGGAGGGGUGUAUGUGCAGACGUGUGGCCACACUCUGCAUAUAGACUGUCACAAGUCCUACAUGGAGUCCUUACGGAAUGAUCAGGUUCUUCAGGGGAUUUCUGUGGAUAAAGGCGAGUUCACCUGUCCGCUUUGUCGUCAGUUUGCCAACAGCGUUUUACCUUGUCGUCCUGGACGAGGGAUGGAGACCGGAGCCUGGCACGCACCCAGUACCAAGAGCAUGUCUACACUGGUGAAGGAAGUAGAAGACCUCCAGGAGCAGCUGGGCAUUUUCCCUAUCGAGUCGAACCUGAGUAAAGAGAUGGAAUCUGUUAUAAAGGACAUUAAAAACACCACCCAGAAGAAAUACACGGAUUAUGGGAAGAACCCUGGGUCACCUGACAACGACUUCCUGUUCAUGUACUCUGUGGCCAGAACAAAUCUGGAGCUGGAGUUGGUUCAUCGUGGUGGGAAUCUAUGCAGUGGAGGGGCCAGUGCUGCUGCCAAACGCUCCUGUCUCAAUCAGCUGUUUCACGUGCUGGCCAUGCACAUGCGGCUCUACAGCAUAGACUCCGCAUACAAUCCCUGGACCAGACUCACACUGAGCACGCAAAGCCGAGAGAAUGAAUACUGUGAUGAAGAGCGUCCUGAGGUGCCCAUGCUUUUCAGAGACGUCCCAUCCCUUCUCAUCAUCUUCAUCCUCACCAUGCCUCAGCCCUUACGCAAAGAGCACUUCACGUGUGUGGUGAAGGUGUUGUACAGUCUGCAGUUCACACAGUCUCUGGCUGCGCUCUCCAUCAGAUUCAGCCGUGAGGAGAGACUUGCCUGGAGCAACGCUGGAGCUGCCAAGAAGAACCUGCCAAACUCUGACAAAUCAUGGGAAUCCCUCCUGGGUCACAUGAUCUCUGAGCUGACGAAGGCCAAAGACGUGUACGACACCAACUCUGAGGAAACAUCCGCUUUGAGCUCCAGUGUUUGGUCUCCUCAGUCCAUUGAGUUCAGCCUCCAGCAGUUCUGUCUGCCCUUCCUGAGACUCUCCUGUUUACUGCAGCACCACCUGUAUGGAGACAGCUUACCCGGCUGCCUGGUGGAGGAGGAGUUCUCUCUGCUGACGCGCUGUCUGGGUUUAGCUACUUCCGUUCAGUGCAGUGGAUCCAUGAGCAGCGCAGCGUGUCUGGAGUGGAACAUCAGUGCUUUUGACUUGAUCAGUCAGUGGUGCUCUGAGGUCAUCGCUCUGUCCGAUACCCCCUCUCAGCAGUCUGCGUCUCUGUUAGGUCAGGAUCCGCAGUGGGCUGCUCCUCGUCUCCUGCAACUUCCAGACAAUUACAACACCAUCUUCCAGUACUACCACAGGAAGUCCUGCACCAGCUGCGGAAAGACUCCUAAAGACCCUGCGCUGUGCCUGGUGUGCGGCGCGUUCGUCUGCCUGAAGGGUCAUUGCUGUAAGCAGCAGGGCGUCUGCGAGUGUGUGCUGCACUCCCAGCACUGCGGAGCGGCGACUGGUAUCUUCCUCCUGAUAAACGCCUCCGUCAUCAUUAUCAUCCGAGGGCAUCGCUUCUGCCUGUGGGGGUCUGUGUAUCUGGAUGCUCACGGAGAGGAAGACCGAGACCUACGUCGAGGAAAGCCUCUGUAUCUGUGCGAGGAGAGAUAUCGUGUUCUGGAGCAGCAGUGGGUCGCUCACACCUUCGACCACAUCAACAAGCGCUGGGGUCCUCAUUACAACGGACUUUAACAGGACGCCACUUCUGAAGUGUAAUAUAAAGGAAACACAUUGAGUUGGUCACAGCCUGGGUUCAUGUGAAGUUUAGUGUACAAUCAAGCUUAAUGACUAACAGCGAGUGUGUGUGUGCGCGUGUGUGUUUAAGUGAUUUUUGUGUGUGGGUUUAUAGGGGAGAUUUGUUGAUUUUGUCUCAUGGCGAAAGCACAUUGAGUGAAUCCGUGUCAAGACACGAAUACAGGAAUACUCCCAUUCUGUCAUGAUCGGAAAACUGACAUAGUUUUUGAGGAGAGAGACUUUUGAGAGAUAGACAAACACGUAGCAAUCAAAUCAUGUACACGCAUCAGGAUUUCUCUCAGCUUAAACGCAUCUCAUUGGAUCGACUGUGUGAGAUGAAAUAUCAGCAAACGCCAAACAAGAUCUCAAGGUGUAGUUUCAGUCAUCCUCAGGAAUUUUGUUUUAUUAUUAUUAUUAUUAUAGAUUUUUUUUUUGUAGAGUCAGAUUUUAAUAUUUAAAAAGUGCUGCUAUUGUUUAAAAAACGAAGUAAAUUAUACCUUUGUAUAAAAAAAAUCAUCUUUACGUUUUCGUUCUCUUUUUCUUAAUGAAGGCUGUUGGAUGGUGGCUCGCUGGCAUGUUGGGUUUAUUAUAAAUAAUAUUCUCCUCUGAAGUUGUACAGUGUUUUUUUUCUAGCACAUUAUAUUUAAUAAUGAUCACUUACACAUAGGUUGCCAUUUUGUCAGCCAAGGCCAUUUUAAGAUAAUUUAACAUCAGAAAAGUUCAGAAAAUGAAGCUUAUUUAACACAUUUAGAUCUAAAAUGAGUAGUUCACCUCAAUUUCAAUUGACUCACUAUUAAGUCUUUGAAUCGAAAUAAGCUUCGUUUUUAGGUGCUCAAACAUAAUUUAUUAUUUAUUUAUUAUUUAUUUAUUUAUUUUCCCAAUUUGAUUUAUAUCUCAACUAGCGACAUUAAGCAUAAUUCCUAAAAUUCACCCAACAACAGCCCCUAAAUAAUGUAUGAGUUAAAAAUCGCCCACCCAAAGUCUUGACUUUCCCAUACUCCAGUUCCAUUACAACACACUUCUUAAACCAUUUUUGCUGGUUGUUCAAACUACUAAAUUACAAUGAGUUGAAUCAACACAAUUCUUGAGGGUUUUUUGGGACAACUUAAUAGUUUUCAGUUCAAUCCGCUUAAAUUUGUAAAAACAAUUAAGUUAGCACAACUAUUUGUGUUGCGACAACAUGAAGGAAUUGUGCGCAGCCUAGCAUUUCUUACAGUGUAGCUGGACUUGUGUCAGGUGGCCCAUAGGGGGCAGUGUUUUCCAAGUUUGCUCUUGAGUUUCAGAGCAACCGAAGCCUCCUCCUCCAGGACUAUGACGUUUUCUCAUUUAAAUGACUUUAAUUAUAUGUAAUUGUGAUACUAUUUUCUUUAUUUACACACCACUUAGACCAGUGUUUCCCAACUGUGUUCCUGGAGGCACACCAACAGCGCAUAUUUUGGAUGUCUGACCCAUUAACUUCAGAUUUUGAAGUCAUAUUCUGAUGAGCGUUUUGAUUAGGGAGAGCUUGGAGAUGUGUACUGUUGGUGUGCCUUUAGGAACAUGGUUGGGAAACGCUGACCUAGAUAAUGAAUUUGUGAUCUAAAGGGUUUCCGAGAGAAGGAUCGUCCGUUCUGCAGCUUUGAACUCAAGAUGGAGAUCUUUUUUUUUGGACUAAGGACAAAAAAAAGUUUAAUGUUAUCAAGCGAAGGCUAUUUGAUACGUUCUACAAAUAUACAUUUAGCGAAGGCUAUAGUAAAUUAAAUGUGGUGUUCCUCAAAGCUCUGUCCUCGGACCAUCUUUGAUUGUGUAAUCUGUAUUUUCGGAGAGGGCAUUAUUGUAUGCACGUUAAUGAUUUGAAAAUGCAUUAAACUGGAUCACAUCCAAUCGAAUAUUACAGCCCAGUCCAGUGAUGGACGCUUGCGGUAUGGCACACAGGGUGUUUGUUUUUUCUUAUUUUUACGAUUUUCUAUAACACGCAGCUUCUCUGUUCUCUUUUUAUCCUUUCCCCUUUAUAUUAUCAUAUCAAAUGACCCCCUAUUAAAACCCUUUAAUCAUUCGUCUCGACGUGAGACCACAUUGAGAAGACAUUCAAAUUAAAAAAAUUGAGUUUAAAGUGUAUAUAGAAAUCGAAUGCACAUAUUCAAAUGCAGUACAGGUUUCUGUGUCUGUUUUGAUCGUGGGUCACCAUCAGAAAUGAUCGUUCUGCAUUCAACCACCCACACACACACACACACACACACAGCAGAAAAAAAAGCAUGUUUGGUUUGUAUCGAUGAGUUUGAUUGGUAGGUAUUGAUCAUUUCUGCAGUCAUGCCAUGCUGGAGGGAGGGAUGGAGGUUUUCAGUGCACUUGAAGUUUGCUUUCGUUUCGAUUUAUUGCAUGCUGCUGUUUCUUUUCUUUCUCUUCUUCCCCUUUGUAUAGACAGAGAGUUGUGCUGAGUGUGACGGGUGGCUAACGCUGGUGUUCUCCCUGCGGUGAAUGCUUUCAGGCAGGCAGUAAUACAGUACAUUACUGUAGGUGCUGAUUCAGACUUUAUGACGUCAUCUCUGAAAGGGUGACUUUUAAUCACAUUUAAUGCAAAAUGUAACAUAUGUGAAUAAAAUAUACAGAUGCUCUGA